AUGGUUUCGGAGAAGAAAAAACGCGUUUUACUUCCGCCUCCGGGAUUAGAUUUAGCAAAUCCGCCGAAGGAUAGUUUGGUUGAAGAUUUGAGAUACGCGCUUGAACAUGCGAAAGAAUUAUUUGCUGAUAUAGCGUGGGAGUUCACCUCGGCGCUCACUCCUACCACCAUCUAUGCGCACAAAGCUAUUCUGUAUGCUCGAAGUUCACGUUCCUUUAAAGAACGCUUCCUAAAAAACAAAGAUACGAAUGCACAGUCCGUACGGUCUAUGAGAUUAUCAAAUCCCGAUCCAAUAAGUGUGAAGACCGAUACAGACCCAUUCUUUUUCAAACAAGAAUUAAAAUUUUUUUAUACUGGUGAGGAAGGGAGCGAGGAAUUUUUGGCUGCAGUCGAUACCACUGAUGAACUUGAACAACAGAAAUUAAAGGAAGAUUUGCUGUACAUGUAUAAAUCAAAAUUAUAUACCGAUGUUGAGCUGGUUUUGGAAUUCAACGAAGAUAAUCUUGAUAUCAUUGAAGAGGAUGAUGAAGACAUAUUCAAGCCUAUAGCCAUCAGGGCACAUCGAUUUAUGUUGUCCACGAGAUCUGAAUAUUUUAGGAGGAUGCUUGUCUCGGAUUUUAUCGAAGCCCGUACGGCUUCUAUAAGCCUUGAUGCUUCUAUUUUCAAUUCAACAUCAAUCAAUUUGAUUCUUUCAUUUAUAUAUACCGGAAAUCUUUCUUAUAAUCAGAAACCCUUAACCUUGGAAAUGUGCGAGUGGGUGUGGAUUGGUGCGGAUUUUUUAAAUAUCAAAAUACUUUGUGAUGAAAUAAUUUAUCGAAUUGCUACUAAGCUGCACUAUUUCACCUGUGUCUGUGGGGACUGCCAGAUGUUCAUUCCCAAGGUGGCAUCGUUUGCAAAGGAGCAUGACGUUGAGAGCUUAUGGAAGGGAUGUUUAUAUGUUCUGUCUCAUGGCUUCGAAAGUAUGUGGCCUCACAAAGAAUUUGCAAAUCUUGAUGAGGACACACGAGAGGAGGUUCUUAUGACCUUACUUUCCACCAUUCAAUGUUCCAAUAUCGUUUCCAUUUUCAAAG